AUGUCCUCGCCGCUUACCUACCCUGUGGUGGUCGACGAUAAGGACCUCGACGACGCCGCACUGUGGGCCAUGAUCGACUCGGCCUCCGCCUCCCACUCCUCCAAGUGCAAGGCCCUCGUAACCGCCAAGUUCCCCACGCGCCAGCCCCCUUCUCCGAUCUCCAACCCCUCGGCGCCGCUGUCCAAGUUCCGGAAGAUCCUCCGCGACUCCGGCGACAGCGGCGAGGUGGUGCACGAUCCGUGGCCCUACCGCCCUCCACGGAAGGCCCCGAGGUUGUGUGCCUCCGAAGAGAGCAGCCCGCUCGCGCUGAUCAGGAGCGUGCAGAGGACACCGCCGCCGAAAGGAUUCUCGUCGCCGGAUGCGCAGGAGCUGAGCUGCUAUACGGCGGUCUCGCCGGGAUACUCUAUGAGGAACGAGGCGGAGGAGAAGGAGAGCGGCAUGGGGCAUGGCUUGCUUGGAAUGUUUCCUUCGGUUUCGUUGUUUAAGGAGUACCAAAAUGCUGCCAUGGCGAUUUUGGAGAAAAAUGAUUACACUUUGAUUUCGGGGAAUCCUUUCAUUAAGAAGUCAGGUUGGAGAAAGAUAUCUUGUUACUUCAAUAUUUCUUAUGAAAUCAGGGAUAAAAAUAUUGAGUUUGAUGAGAAUCGCAAUGUUCAGCGUGCUGAGUUUGUGAUUCGUGCGCACAUGCAGGGUGGCAGGUUCUCAGAUGGAUGGGGCUCUUGUGAUCGACGAGAAAAAAGAUUCCAGAAACCAAAUCAUGAUGUUCCAAGCACCGCAGAGACUAGAGCAAAAAAUAAAGCUUGUCAAGAUUUGCUUGGAAUUGGGGAAUAUCGACCCGGUGCAACUAAUCAGUUUCAUUGA